AUGGUCCAGGUGCCGCCGGACGCCCGGCCCCAGGCCCUCUGCCUUCUGGGCACCCAGAGCCUGAGGGUCCCCACAGGCCACGCAGCUGUGCCAAGCGGAGACGCUGGAGCCCAGCCAUUUACCCUGCCUCUGCGGGACCUGUCUGCUGGGGCCCAGCAGGGGGUGGUCACCCGGCCCAGCACACCAGCCGGCACACCAGCAGCGCUGCCCCAGGCCCACAGCCGCCCCCGCAGAGGCACUGGGGCCUGUUGCCCUGGGACUGCCCAGGCUGGGCACCUAGGGCGGCAGCGCCUCCUGACGACCACUCCGCAGCCCCCGCUGGGCCAGUACGCCGGCCUGUGCCCUCUCCAAGUGCCCCAAGGAGAUGUAGGCCCCAUUUUGAGCGAGGAGCUGCCUUCCAGGAGCGGGGCUCCCGCCGCGGUGUGCAGGCCCCGGCGGCCCGCCCCGAGCGCGCUCUUUAACCCCGCAGGUGCCCCGGGCAUGGCCACGGCAGAGGUGCCCGGCUACCUCGUGUCCCCACAGGCUGAGAAGCACCGGCGGGCCCGCAACUGGACGGACGCCGAGAUGCGCGGCCUCAUGCUCGUCUGGGAGGAGUUCUUCGACGAGCUGAAGCAGACCAAGCGCAACGCCAAGGUGUACGAGAAGAUGGCCAGCAAGCUGCUGGAGAUGACGGGCGAGCGCCGGCUGGGCGAGGAGAUCAAGAUCAAGAUCACCAACAUGACCUUCCAGUACAGGAAAUUAAAAUGCAUGACAGAUAGCGAGUCCGUCCCGCCCGACUGGCCCUAUUACCUAGCCAUUGAUAGGAUUCUGGCCAAGGCCCCCGAGUCCUGUGAUGGCAAACUGCCGGACGGCCAGCAGCCGGGGCCCUCCACGUCCCAGACCGAGGCGUCCCUGUCGCCGUCUGCUAAGUCCACCCCUCUGUACUUACCGUAUACCCAGUGCUCCUACGAAGGCCGCUUCCAGGACGACGGCUCCGACAGCUCCUCCAGCUUACUGUCCCUUAAGUUCAGGUCGGAGGAGCGGCCCGUGAAGAAGCGCAAGGGCCAAGGUGGCCACCUGCAGAGGAAGAAGCUGCGGCUGCUGGAGGCCCUGCUGGAGGAGCAGCGCCGGCUGAGCCGCGCCCUGGAGGAGACAUGCCGCGAGGUGCGCCGCGCACUGGACCAGCACAGCGUCUUGCAGGCCCAGAGCCUGCAGCUGCAAGAGCGAAUGAUGAGUCUGCUCGAGCGCAUCAUCGCCAAGUCCGGCGUCUAG